GCAGAGGCCGCUUCAGAGACAGACAGACGGACUGACGGACACAGAGGAGAGCUGGAGCUGAAGAAUUAAACCAACUCACGCUAACAGCUGACAAACUAACCACAGGGACAAUGUGGCGCGCAGCCUUCCUCCUGCUGGCUGCCAGCAUUGCAGUGAGCCUGGCCAGACCUCACCUCAAGCCAAUGUCCAGCGACAUGGUCAACUACAUCAAUAAGAUCAAUACGACCUGGAAGGCUGGUCACAACUUCCACAAUGUUGACUACAGUUACGUCCAGAAACUCUGCGGCACAAUGCUGAAGGGACCUAAACUUCCAGUCAUGGUUCAGUAUGCUGGAGAUGUGGAGCUGCCUAAAGAAUUUGAUGCCAGAGAGCAGUGGCCCAACUGUCCCACCCUGAAGGAGAUCAGAGACCAGGGCUCCUGUGGAUCCUGCUGGGCGUUCGGUGCUGCAGAGGCCAUCUCUGACCGUGUGUGUAUCCACAGCAAUGCCAAGGUCAGUGUGGAGAUCUCCUCUGAGGAUCUGCUGACCUGCUGUGACAGCUGUGGCAUGGGAUGUAAUGGUGGCUACCCCUCAGCUGCCUGGGAUUUCUGGACCAAUGAGGGACUUGUCACUGGAGGUCUAUAUGACUCCCACGUUGGCUGUCGUCCCUACACCAUCCCCCCCUGUGAGCACCAUGUGAAUGGCAGCAGACCUUCCUGCACUGGAGAAGGUGGCGACACACCCCAGUGCAUCACCAUGUGUGAAUCUGGAUACACACCGGCCUACAAAAAGGACAAACACUUUGGUAAAACGUCUUACAGCGUGGAGUCCGACGAGAAGCAGAUUCAGACUGAGAUAUACAAGAACGGCCCAGUAGAGGGAGCAUUCACAGUCUAUGAAGACUUUGUUCUGUACAAGUCUGGUGUGUAUCAGCAUGUGUCAGGCUCUGCUGUGGGAGGACACGCCAUUAAGGUCCUGGGCUGGGGAGAGGAGGAUGGUGUUCCCUACUGGCUCUGUGCCAACUCCUGGAACACUGACUGGGGUGAUAAUGGAUUCUUUAAAUUCCUGCGUGGAUCUGAUCACUGUGGUAUUGAGUCUGAGAUUGUGGCAGGGAUUCCCAAGUAAAACCUAAGGUUUUGAAGUGCACCGUUGUUAUAUCAUCACUAGAGGGCGACACACUCCACUUGCCUGUCACAGAACUGUGACCACAAUUUACUGCUUUUAGUCCAUUUAGAGUCAACUGAUCACUUUGCUGUCAAAAAAAAAAGCCACAUGCUGUAUGUGCAAACAGAAAACCUCAAGCAGCCUUCACUUCACGUAGGUGGAUUUGCAGAUCUUUUCGCAAAAAUAGCAAGAAUGUGCUUGCGCACACAUCUCCAUUGUCUAACUGAUGGUGAGUGUCUGUGAGAGGGCUUGAGAACAGGUUAGUCUAAAGCUUACACAGGAGGAUGAUGUUUAAAGACACACCUGUGCAUUUAUCUCUGCUGCUUUGAAACAGGCUGUCACUGUUGUAGAGGUGAUUGAAUUUGUCCCUGCCACCACAUUUUUUCUGCACCUGUGAACAUUGUAGGCCAUUUUAGAGCAAUGCAGGAUAUAAUUGAAUUUUUAUUUAAUUGUAAAUGAAUUUUAAGGUUCUGCCUAAUGGAGCAGAUGAGAUAUGUUUGUUUUGAAUGAUUCUAAUUUGCAAAGAUCCCAUUUUUUUAUAUCGAUUGCUACUUUUAUCCCUCUGAUGCAACCACUACUACUCCAUAACAUAACAGAUGUACUGUCUGUAACCAAGGCCUGUUUAGUGUUUUUAAAUUGAACAUUUUUUAAAUAUGGUAGGAAAUUAGUUGGAGUGUAUUUGUUUGCCUGUAUUAAUCAUAAUAUUGGCACAUUGUUUUUAAUUAAAUAAAAAAUUUUAUGAA